AUGGUGGACCUUCCUGCUUCCUGGGUCACCGCAAAUCGGCCAUUUUAUAAUGUGGGCACGGACUAUGGAGGUCCAUUCAUCAUGAAGGAGAGCCACCGGCGCGGAUCCCGGACUCACAAAGCAUAUCUGGCUUUAUUCGUAUGUAUGGCAGUGAAAGCCGUACACUUAGAAAUUGUGAAUGAUCUAUCAACGGAUUCAUUUCUCGCGGCAUUAGACCGUUUUACUUCUAGCCGUGGAAUCCCAGCCCACAUUUACACUGAUUGUGGAACAAACUACGUUGGGGCUGCAAAACAGAUCAGGACAUUGCUUAGCACAGAUGAGGCUCGUCAGGCAGUUUCUGCCCGAAUUAAAUGUGAAUGGCACUUCAACCCGCCGGCCGCGCCCCACUUUGGUGGACUGUGGGAGGCUGCAAUCAAAAGCACAAAGACACAUUUGAAAAAGGUUGUGGGAGCUCAAACAUAUACCAUCGAGGAGAUGACGACACUAGUGGUAAGAAUUGAAGGUGUCUUGAAUUCUCUGCCAUUACAACCCCUGUCUAGUGACCCACACGAUUUGGAGGUCCUCACUCCGGGACAUUUCCUAAUUGGUCAGCCACUCUUAGCCAUGCCCGAAGAGAAUAUUAUAGAUGUGGCCACCAACCGAUUAGGACGGUGGCAGCUGAUUCGCCAGGCACUCCAAUCGUUUUGGCAUCGUUGGAGUCAUGAAUAUCUUCAAACAUUGCAGAGACGCAAGAAGUGGUUCAAGCACACUGAGAAUUUGUCAAUAGGAGAUUUAAUCGUGAUCCAUACACCCAAUCAUCCACCUAUGUCAUGGAAGUUGGGACGUAUCGCAGAGGUACAUCCAAGCCCAGACAAAGUCAUUCGCGUAGUAACACUUCAAACGACCGACGGCCUUCUGAAGCGGCCAGUUGUUAAGGUUACCAAACUACCCGUGUAA